GAUGAUUGAUCGUAUACCGAGUUCCAACAGUAGUAGUUCUCCUACAAAUAAGGAGGAAAUGACCCCAAAGAAGAUGUAAUAUACGGAUAUGACAAUCAAUGUGAUCAAUCAAAAGGAAAAUUUUCAUGUUUUGUAUUUUUAACGUUUGUCAUCUUCUGAAAUUGCCAUGGUUUCUCAAGGCUUUAAAGCUGCGGGUAGCAUAGUGUCCGUGUUGAUCAUAGUAGCAGCGUAUUUGUACAACAAACGCUGUGACGAACUUUUACAAGAACGGGUGCACAAAGUUCUAUCUGGUUUGCUUCGUGCAGAAAACAAGAUCCCUCUCCCUAAAACAAGGGUAGCGAUCGGUUUUGGAGCAUGCUAUGACGUGUUUGGUAAUGCUAUUGAAAUAUUUAAUAAGCUCAAUAUAACUCCUCCAAAAGAACCGAAGCAUUUCAAUACUGUUGGCAACAUCAAAGAACUCGCCCAACUACUUGCUUACUUUUUUCAGUAUGGAGCAGCAGCAGAAAGAUAUGUAGGAAAUCGAACACUGUUUGAUGAGCUUGUGAGAACAGCUGACAGUUUACCUAAUAAAAGAUGGAUCAUUGGUGGAAAUGCAGCGAUGAUGGCCCAGCGAAUGGCAAUGGAAGGCGUGGAAGUGAUGCUUGGGGCUAGACUCACAAAGUCCAUGGCCUCUUCUCUCGAUUCAUCUAUCAAAGUGGCUGGAAAAGAAUCUGACAAAGAAAUUGUUCAUCUACUGAUGGAGUAUGAAACGGGUGCAACAUGGGGAAAAUACGAGUCUCCUCGUGCAAACAGAUUGAUUCUGCAUAGUGAUUAUCUGAACCCUUACUUGGAGUCGAUGAAAGAAUUCCGGGAGGAGCUCAAGCAGUUUGAUCCAUCCUUGGUGGUUGUUGGAGGGCUGCAGAUGAUGGACAACUUCCCAUUCACUGAAGGUAUGCGGCAGGCCAGACUGCAAAUGCUCGAGUCUGUUCUUGCUGGAGUCCCACUGAAAACGAAGAUCCACUUUGAGUUGGCCUCGUUCACCGACGUGUCUCUGCUGGACGAGAUUCACAAACACGUCCUGCUCUACUCCGACUCGCUCGGCAUGAAUGAGCAGGAGCUGCCGAACCUCGUCAGUCUACUGUACCAUGGCAACGUGUCGCUGGUCUCGGACAGCUAUCCGCGCAUUGCCACCGUCCUCGACCAGAUGAGGCAGGUCUACAGUCUGCUGGGAACCACUAAACAGGUGAACGGGCGACGGAGACUCACACGAUUGCACGUGCACACACUCGCCUAUCAGGUCAUCCUAACGUCCAAGUUGUCCUCAUGGAAAAAUACCAUGUCGGCCACAGCUAAAGCGGCUUUGACGGCUCACAGGCAUGUCUGUGGUACUCACAAUAUUGAUGAGCAGAAUGCAAAACUGAUAGUGGAUUAUUCUUUCUCAAGUAGCCAGUCAGAAUCGUCUAAGAGAAUCGAGUUCCGAGAUAAGAGGCCUGUGUCUUGCUGGGAUGAAGCGGAUUACGAGAUCUGUAUUGCUCCAGUGCUGGUGUGUACGAAAGUGUUCGUAACGUCAGGUGGAGGAGAUAAUAUUUCAUCAGCAGGCCUUGUAUUGCAGUUGUGAUUAGUAACCGAUACAAAUUUGUUCUAUUUUUAUGACAUAUGGGGUAACUGUUGGGUUUUUAUACUAACACACUUUACAUGCUAUCACUGAACAUUGACUUACAUACUAAUACACUUUGUAUAUGCAUUUGUUUGUUUCACAUUCUCUUUUAACAUGCAUUUUAAAUAUUUUUGUCAUAUGCUCGCCAGUUACGUCAGUAUGUCGGGGUAAAGAGGUUGACACUCUGUGUCUUUUUAGAGUUAAUUAUAAAUUAAAAAUUAAUUGCUGUGAUGUCAUUAACAGGAUAACAAAAAAACCCACACACUGCCAUUGAUUAUCCAUGUUAAAGCAUUUAUUAAUUUAUGAUCCAGUAGCACUGUUAUCGGUUACUUUAUGUUUUGAUUGAUUUUUAUUUAAAAACAUGUACAUAAAUAAUAUUUGAAGAAAUGAAAAAAUAUAAUCAUUUUACAUUCAGAUAUGUAAGCAAUCAUAUGACAAUAUAUGAAAAUACUUUCUUUAAGAUAUAUCCUGGUAAAUAUGUCAAUUUGAUGUGGGGGAGGGGGUAGUGACAUUAUUACAAAUGUUUUUUCUGCAACCCACCUUUAAUAAGGGAAACCUGUUAAGUACAAAUUAAUAACUUGAGAAUGCACACAAAAAUUAUUAUUAAAGCAGUGGGACCAAACUUACACUCAACUUUGUUUUCCAAAUAACAUUCCUUUGUACAUUCAUGUAAUUAAUUUUGAACAUGUCUGAUUAUGAAUAUUAUUUUAACUGUUUUAAAUUAAGAAAGUAAUUUUAGAUUUUUGAUUAUUUGCAUUUAAUUAUGCAGAAAAACACAAGUUAUUUAUUUGCUGUUAACAAGAUGCAUCAACUAAAAAACAUACCAACAAAUUGUACCAAACAUGUUAAGACAUUUUAAAUAUCCCUUUAAAAUCAUCCAAUCUAACAGUAUCAAGUCUUAUGUUUGCAUAAAUGUGUUUUUCACCUUAUCAAGUCUCAAAUAAGAUGUCCUUUUCUAGUUUGCACUGUAGUGAUAUAGUCAUGUACUUACAGGUACAUGUAUAACAAAACAGUAAUGGACUUACAUGAAAAAUUCGUUUUUGACAAAAAUAAUUGAUGACACCCCAGUUGAUUUUUGCUGUUUCAGAAUCACAUAUAGAGUUUUUAUUCCUAGAUCUUAUGUAGCUUUAAUUUAGUAUUAUAUAUGCUGUUUAUUUUGUUAUCUGUCCGUCCAUUAUUAAUUUACUUGUACCAGGUUGGUAUUUUUAGCUUAUAACAGUUGUUUAUUAUCAAGUAAAUAUUUUAGGCUGUAUUAUUAUUAUUGGUAUUAUUAUCAUUAUGCUGGUGUUUUUAGACAACUUCACAAUUAUUAUGUACACAGCAGGCAUCGAAAUAAGUCGAGAAUGAUCAUUCUGGUUACCAGGAAGUGUGUGUCAUAACCUAUAGGCUACGAGGGCCCCCUUACAUGAAACGAUGUUAGUGCUAAGUGCAUAACUACUGUAUGCAUUUAAGGUGAUCUUAGCACCAAGAUCGCUUCGUGGAAUGGGCCCAGGUCUGUAUUUUGUGGUUUUCAGACACAUUACUUAUUCUGAUGCCAACACAAUAUACCCUGAAGGCUUGUGAUGUGUGCUAUGAUAUCUUUCCCAUUGUUUAAAUGAAAGACAAAGUAUAAGCAAAGUUGCAUGCUAGGGCCUGUGCUUCUAAACAUCCUGGGCCCUGUUUUACGAAAUAAUCUUAGCGCUAAGAUUGCUUUGUAAGACAGGGCCCAGACCAAAGACUAGCAAAGUUUCUAUUCUUUAAUUUCAUGUUAUUUGUUUACAAGAAAUGUUAUUACUGGGUAAAGCCGGGAUAAAGUUUCAUGCCUCAGAAAAUUUACAAUUUAUGUAAUCCAUUUAUUGGCAAUGGAAAAACAAAUUCAGGUAACCCAUUUCCUUUUUGCAAAACCUGCUAUGUCAACAUAAAUGAUGUCCAUAUUUUAAUGUGCGAACGGAAAAGAGGUUAUGCAUAAUUAGCUGUGUAAGCAGCGUGUGAACUAAAUGACUGUUCUCACAAUUUUCCGAAGCCUGAUUUUUUUUAUAAGCAUAAGACCCAUCAUAAUCAUAGGGAAAGUAUUUGCAAAAUGUUCAUUACUGCUGAACUGAAAGGACAAUGGUUCUUCAUGACCGGACCCUGUGGCACAGUGGUUAAGCCAUUGGACUACAUGCUGGUAGGGUACAGGGUUCGCAGCCCGGUACUGGCUCCAACCCAGAGCGAGUUCUUUGGGGCUUAAUGGGUAGAUGUAAGGCCACUACACCCUC